AUGGAUCCUAAAAUACAAGAAUUGUUGGCUGAACUUGAUCAAGAAAGACGACGGCGUCAAGACGCGGAAGCUGAGGCGAGAAGCGAAAGAAGGCGACGUGAAGAAGAGCAACGACGACGUGAAGAAGAGCAACGACGACGUGAAGAAGCAGAAGCUCUGGCUUCGAGUGCGGAGUCAUCAACACUGCCUCUCUUUCUACAUGCCUGCCAUGAAUUGUUGGUCGCGAUCCAGAUUGUGACAGACCCUACUCGGACAACUCAAGGCGCGGUAACGAGACCGACAAAUCGGAGGGUUCCAUCUCGCAUCACGUUGUGGGAGACAUUCACUGAGGAGCAAAUGAAGGUGUGGCACAAACUCGAUCAGCAUCCCCAUUUCUUGACAGAAAAGCUCUUCCCCUCCCUACAUCAGCUCGACUACGUUCGCCAACUUAUCAGCCCAAUUUCCUCAGAGUGGGAUCUUCGGUACUAUGAACGGGAAACGGUGGAAAAUCAAGUGCGGGCCAUAGUAGACCGAAUAUAUGAGAAUGAUGAGCUUAAACGGGCAUUCGGCUUGCGCGGAUCGAUUACCUUUGAAAGCCAUGCUAACCUUGGGCUUUCAACGCGGGCGGAUGAUUUGAACCCGGUGAUCAGCAGUCAGACCACGGUGGUCACGGGAGGACAGGCAGAUCGAUUCUGCAUCUAUCGCCAGGAUGGCGAUGAGCACAUCCCAGCGCUCGCUAUCGAGUACAAGGCGCCCCACAAGCUCACUCGGGAUGAAAUCGUGGGAGGGCUGGCUCAGGACAUUCAUCCUUCCAAAGAAAUAAUUGGUAAGGAGUCAGAUGAUCCUGAUUUCUGCUCGAAGCGGUUAGUCGCUGCCGUCAUCACACAGUUGUUCUCCUACAUGGUUGCCAAGGGAAUCCGGUACGGCUAUGUGUGCACCGGAGAAGCCUUUAUCUUUCUACGCAUUCUUGACGAUCCGUCAUCCGUCAUGUGUUCCGUCUGCACUCCCAGCCUAGAUGUCGAAGAAAUCAAUGAUGACAGUCUCCAUUUAACUGCCGUCGCUCAGGUACUAGCAUUUACCUUAAGAGCUCUAGUGUCCCCUCCUGCCCCGCAAGAAUGGUAUGAUGCCGUCGCGGAACUUGGUAUCUGGCCGGUUGAAUACUCGGAUAUCCUGGAGCAAACACCUCCAACCGCUCGGCAGAAGCAUGCCUCACCUCUGUAUCGGGGCCGACGCCCUUCCAAGCUUCCUCCUUUUCAGAUGACAUUACGACCCAGAUGCCGGCCACACACAGAUAUUGUACCCCGAUCAAGAAGCCCUUCCCCCCCAACGUCUCCACCUCCAUCUCCGUUGUCACCAUCCGCACGCCGUGGACGAACUGUAAACGCUCGAGCCCGCUCUAACCCGUAUCAAAAAUCUGGUAAGAAAGGGCAAUCCAGCGAGGACAGCGAUGCGGAUUGGAUAGACCAUGCUGCUGAACCACCAAAGAUCAAAAGCCAACCUUACUGUUCCCAGCAGUGCUUGCUGGCCCUACGAGACGAUGGUCCGCUCGACGCCUCCUGCCCGAACUAUCAAGCUCACCUUAAGCGACGGAUCCAGCCAGCGGAGUUUCGUGCUCUUAUCCAAGAACAGCUCUCCAGGGACCGUGGCCCGGAUGCCAACUGUCGCCCUCUCUACAAGAAGGGAAGUUGUGGGGCAGCUUUUAAAAUCCAUCUUUUGUCGCAUGGCUACACUCUACUCGCAAAGGGCGUCGAACGCAACAAUGCACGUAAACUCGAACACGAAAACGAAGUAUACCAUAAGGCUUCACGAUAUUCAAGGCAACUACAUUCCUGGUUGUCUCGGGAUUGUUGUGCUUGA